CGGAAUCAAACUCUAGAGUACCGGGGUGAACCAAACAGGACCUGUGACCUGUGGGCGAGUCCGUUCUGCGUGAGGGUGUUUGGAGCAGGUUUGGGCUGUGGCCGAGGAGAUGUGCAGGUGGCUGACCUAGCCUAACACAGACACACGUUUGGCCAAUGAGCAGAGUGACGAGGUCCUCGAGUGAGACCGAGGAUAUCUGGGGGGCAGAGGAGGAUGAUAUGACGGAAGGUGACCUUGGGUAUGGCCUCGGAAGAAGACCUGGCGGUCUUUAUGAAGUUUCGUGUUCGACUACAUCUAAGAAAAGGUCAGAGGGGAAGAACUUGAGCCCUCCUCCACUUCCAAAAAAUGGAGAAGAGAGAAGCGACCCCGGGUUCCAGUACUGCAGGAAUAAGGGCUUGCGGGAUACGUGCGCUCACGGAUGCCCAGCGUCCGGCUUCAGACGGCACAGCAGCUCAGAUUCUAACUCAGAAUUGUCAAAUGAACAACUGAGGCAACGUCUUCAUGAAACUUUAGAGGAAGUAGAGAUUUUAAAAACUGAACUUGAAGCAUCUCAAAGACAACUUGAAGGUAAAGAGGAAGCAUUGAAAAUCCUUCAAAGCAUGGAAAUAAAUGCCUUGCAGUGGGAAAUGGAAUUUGAUCACGAUAGAUUUAAAACUAUAGAGGAAUCUUGGACCCAAAAAUAUGACAGACUAAACUGUGACAAUGCAGUUCUCAGAGAGAAUCUGAAGGUGAAAACAGAAGAAAUUAAAAUGCUCAAAUCUGAAAAUGCUGUUUUGAAUCAGCGGUAUCUGGAGGCCCUCGCCAUGCUUGAUAUCGAACAGCAGAUGACGACCCAGGAGAACACGGCUCAGGACAGUGGCUUUACAGAGGUGUCGGGUCUCGAGCUUGCAGUCCUCGGAGCCUGCUUGUGUUACGGUCCUGGAGGGAGCCCCUGUUCUUGUGCCAGAAUGGCAGCAUCCACCCGGAAACUGGUUCUUCAGCUCAGACAGGAGUUGGAAAUUCUGCAGAAAAGUAAGGAAGAGGCUCAUAUAAUGGCAGAUGCAUUCAGAAUUGCUUUUGAGCAACAACUAAUGCGGACGAACGACCAGGCCCUGAGACUGGCACAUGGGGAUAAGUGGAUAAACAGGCAACACCUGAAAGAGCAUGGAUAUCAAUCACAAAGGAGAAAGAAGACCUUGGGGCAGAGGCUGCUGGGGAUACUUCCUUCAGAAAACAGUUCGAAGAGGACUGAAGACCAAGACAACCCACAAGAUGUCUUUAAGAUGCUAAUAGAUUUGCUGAAUGACAAGGAAGAGGCACUGGCCCAUCAAAGAAAGGUCAGUUACAUGCUUGCCCGGGCGCUGGAAGACAAGGACACGGCCUCAAAGAAUAAAGACAAAAUUCCCACGAACCACAAUGUCCCAUUCACAGCCACCAGGCCGGAAGCUUCAGAACGCCAUGUUUUGCAUGAUCCAGCACACUCACAUGUCCACAUUUCUGAUCUUGUGGGUUGCAUUUGUUCAGUCCAGCAUCCCCAUAGAGAUUCAGACUGCUCAAGAACUCUUAAAAGAUCCUGUUCUUUGCCGUCAAAUAUAUUUAAAAAAUAAACCAGUUGAAAUUAGAAUUAGAGCUAUUAAAAAUCAGAUUUGGGAGCUGAAAAUGUAUCUCAGAGGUAGGACACUUGGUUAGUGUGCAUAAGGCCUUGGGUUUAGCACAUGCUGGUGCACACCUUUAAUCCCAGCACUCGGGAAGCAGAGGCAGGCGGCAGAUCUCUGACUUUGAGUAGCCUGGUCUACAGAGCGAGUGUCAGGAAGGCCUUGGGUUUGAUGUUCACUGCAAAGACUUGGAGGAUACUUGUAAAUCCCAAUACUUGGGAAGCUUAGGCAAAAAUACUGCUGUGAAUUUGAUGGCUGACUAGAUUACAGACUGUAGCCAAAACAGAAAAAGAAUUACAUAAUGUUGAUAUAAGUUGUAUGCUUUCUAGAUGUUUUUAAAAUUUAUUAGCACAGUAAUUUACAAAGUAGUAAGCUCAUUAUGAUAUCUUAAUACAUGUAUUAACAAUACAUGUGUUUUGACCACAUCCCUUCCUUUUAAUUUUAGGAUGCAGCUUAAGUAAUCAAACCUUUAACACAUGUCCUAUAAGAAAUGUAUUAGUUUUGUAUUCUAUAAGAAAUGUAUUGUGUUGACAUUUUAUUUAUAAA